AUGCACAUCGACUUGCAAAGGGUUAAAGUUAUGGAUCAAUCACCCCUGAUACAAUGCUCGAAGUGCCUAGGAUACGGGCAUGUUGGCCCAACGGACAAAAACUCAAAAUCAUACUUAAUAGUUCAAGCAAACCUACAGAAGAAAAACUUGGCCACUAACGAAAUUAUAAUUGAAUCACAGAAGAAAGGUAUAGCAAUUGCGUUACUACAGGAGCCAUACAUCGGCGCCAGAGGUAGGGUGAGGCAGUAUAGGGGGGCUAGAGUCUACCAAAGCACCGCAAAAAACGAGGGGGUUGUAAAAGCUGCGAUAGCAGUGUUUGACCACGACUUAAAAGUUGAACAGUACCCCGAACUUACCACAAACAAUAUUGUGGUGGUAAAAAUUCACACAGGUGCGUGGGAAAUGGUAGCCGUCUCUUACUACUUUGAACCUUACCCCAAACCCUUGGUGCCAUACCUAGACCAACUAGUUAAAAUCAAAGGCAAAUUUAAACGCAACUUAAUUUUUGGAGGAGAUGCAAACGCAAAAAGUGUCUGGUGGGGCAGCUCAGUAAUUGAUGAAAGGGGAGAAGAUAUGGCUGCAACACUGGAGCAAUUAGAAAUGCAAAUUUUAAAUCAGGGAGACACCCCCACAUAUUAUACCAUACGAGCCAAUAAACAAUAUACCAGUUUUAUAGACGUAACGGCUUGCACAUUAGAUAUGUUACAAAAAAUUGAAAAUUGGCAAGUAAAUCAAAACUUAAUUAGCUCUGACCACAAUGCUAUUACCUUUACAAUAAAACAGAAAAUAACAAAGAAUAACACAGAAUUAAAAACAACAAGGAUAUAUUAUACUAAAAAAGCUAACUGGACUAAUUUUCUAGAGAAAAUCGGUCAGUUACUUUUGGAAAAUAGAAUAAAUCAACAAAACGUAGAUAAUAUAACCGAUAAAACAGAGUUAGAAGACAUUAUAGCAACAUAUAUAAAUAUUAUAACAGAAACCAGUAAUGCCUGCAUACCUAAAAUAAAAAAUAAAUCACUCCCUACCAUACCGUGGUGGACCAAAGAACUGGCAAACCUUAAACGGAUAAUGGUGACUAAAAAGCGUAGGAUUCGAUGCGCUGCCGCGGUUCGAAGACAGAAAGUGAUAAAAGAAUAUCUAGAGGCUAAGGAUAUAUAUGAGAAAGAAGCAAAAAAAGCACAGAUUAAUAGUUGGAAAGAGUACUGUGAAAAACAGGAUAAAGAAGGAGUCUGGAAGGGGAUAUAUAAAAUUAUAAAUAAAACCACUGAGAGGCAUGAAGACCUACCGCUAAAUAAUCAAGGUAAAACUCUAUGUUCAAGGGAGUCGGCUGAGCUACUUGCAGAGGUUUUUUAUCCGCGCGAUAAAGAGGAAGACGAUGAUCAGGAACAUAAGAAAACAAGACAGCUCGCUGAAACAGUAAAUGAACAGGACCAUGAUGACAACCAUGAUCCUCCAUUUACUAUUACUGAACUCAACAUGGUGAUUGGUAGCUUUGACUGCAAAAAAGCACCUGGAUCAGAUGGCCUCACUCUCGAUAUUUGUUCACGAGCUAUCCUGCGGGAUCCGGGAGUGUUCCUAUCAAUGGCAAACAAAUGUCUAGAACUUGGAUACUUCCCGAAACUAUGGAAAGUCGCAACAGUAGUGGUUCUCAGGAAACCUGGUAAGGAUGACUACACGAGUCCAAAGUCCUAUAGACCAAUAGGUCUUCUGCCCGUGAUGGGAAAAAUCCUAGAAAGGUUGCUUGUGUCUAGAUUAAAAUGGCAUGUGAUACCCAAACUAAGCCACCGUCAAUACGGUUUUAUGCCACAAAAGAGCACAGAAGACUCCCUCUACGACCUUGUCGGCUAUAUACGAGACCAACUAAAUGGGAAAAAAUUGAUAACGAUAGUUUCCUUGGACAUAGAGGGCGCCUUUGACAGUGCCUGGUGGCCAAUGAUACGGGUUCAGCUGGCUAAACUAGGGGUCCCGAUUAACCUGAGAAAGAUAAUAGAUAGCUACCUAAAAGAACGAAAGGUUCAGUUAAAAUAUGCGGGAGAGGAGGUAAAUAGAAAUACGUCGAAAGGAUGCAUUCAGGGAUCCAUAGGUGGCCCUAUACUCUGGAACCUACUUUUGGAUCCAUUGCUGCAAGAAAUGGAAAAAAAGGGGUACUAUUGUCAAGCCUUUGCAGACGACGUCAUCAUGGUGUUUGUCGGAGAAUCAGCAUUUGAAAUAGAACGAAAUGCUAAUGCUGCUCUUGCCUAUGUAAUAGAUUGGGCAGUCAUCGAGCCGAUAAUCUUAUAUGCGGCAGCAGUCUGGGCUCCAGCCACUAAAAAGCUAGGAAUUAGGAAGCAAUUAAAUUCAGUACAACGAAGCUUCGCGCUGAAGCUCUGCAGAGCUUACCGAACCGUAUCACUGAAUGCCAGCUUGAUCCUCGCUGGACUAUUGCCCUUAGACCUUAGAAUCCAGGAGGCCGCUGUGCUAUACGAAGCAAAGAGAGGAUUAUUUCAGUCUGAAUUGGAAGGUGACCUGGAGCAAAGAGUAUCGUGGAUGAGUAUUCCUCACCCCUCCAAAGAACCUGAUAUCAAAUUUAUAGCCUAUAGAGAACAAGAGCGUCCUAGAACAGAUGCACCGGCAGUAAAGAUAUAUACGGACGGAAGUAAAGUAGACGAAUUGGUCGGUGCCAGCGUUUCCUUAUGGAAAAAUGGUGCCGAAUUCGAGACUUUUAAAUUGAAACUAUCUUCAUGCUGUUCCGUGUAUCAAGCUGAACUGGUGGCUAUUCUUAAAGCGACUGCAAGGAUCCUUUGUCACCCAGAAACAACCUACGGCGUAUAUAGUGACUCCCGAAGUGCACUCGAAAGUGUUGCGGGUGGUCGCUCUUUCAAUCCCCUUGUAGUUGAAAUUCGUAAGAACAUAAAUAAAGCGCAUUUACUCAACAAAAAAAUUGAUAUUUUUUGGGUUAAAGCGCAUUCGGGCAUGGAGGGGAAUGAAAGAGCAGACCAACUAGCAAAGGAAGCUGCGCAUCUAGAAGAGGCGCCCGUGUACAAUAGAUUUCCCAUAUCGCAUUUGAAGAACUGUCUACGUGGAAACACGAUAGAAAAAUGGAAUCACAGAUAUCGAGACGGUGAAACAGCUGCAAUAACCAAGUUAUUCCUUCCAAAUGUUGCUUCGGCCUUUUCGAUAAUUAAACAAAUGAAACCAACGGGAUUGAUCACUCAGAUGUUGACAGGUCACGGUGGCUUCCUGUCGUAUCUUCACAGGUUCAGGGUUAGACAAAGUGCUGCCUGUCCUUGUGAUGAUGCAGCUGAAGAGACAGUGUUGCAUGUUCUGACCGACUGUCCCAUGUGUGGAUACGACAGGUAUAACGCUGAGCAAGCUAUGGGCAUGAGGGUAACGGAGACGAGUUUGAAGGGAAUAAUGCUCAAUGUUAGGUUGAGGGGCAUCUUUUUGGGAUUUGCCGUGAGGGUCAUGCAGGGGGUUGUCAAAAGAAAUAGGGUGCUGGGUCCCACUGCGGUGCUCCAACUGGCACAGCGCGAUGAGCCACCUCCAGCGAACGCACGUCCUCUAUACUCUUUGGCCAUGCGAGGAGCUGUCAUAUGCUUCUCGGGCUUUAGAAAAAAGGAUGAACUUACGUACCUAAUAACGCUAAUACACUAUAUGGGUGGUUCAAUACGGAAAGAUAUGUCAAGUAAAGUCACCCAUUUGAUAGCGGCCGCCGCUACGGGCGAUAAAUAUCGAUAUGCCUCGGGAUUUGGGCUUCCGGUGCUGGCGAGAUCAUGGGUUGAUGCAUGCUGGGAGAGACGGGAUGAUCCCGCCUGUCUGGCCACUGAUGAUGCUAUUAUUAAAGAGCAUAAGUUGCGAGUAUUCGCAGGUGCAAGGGUUUGUUUUGUGGGAUUCCCCGAAGAUGAAACUCAGCACAUGGCGGAGGUACUUGCGAGUAAUGGUGGUGCGUCAUGCCAGUUGGAUGAUACUGACUGCACACAUGUCGUUAUGGCCAAUGGGGAGACUUUCGGUCGUUCGCUUAUCCUUUCACCCCAUUCGAAUACCCCUAACUCGACAAAUAUCCGCUCUACUCCCACAAGACCUCAGACCACACCAAAAACCUCCCUCUAUCGGAGACUCUCAGCACGUUUGUCGGGUUGUCGCUCUAGUCCAAAUAAACAAAGCAAUACAAUAGAAGAUGAAAGAGAAAAGCGUUUACAAAAUGCAAGAGAUAGGUUUAGAAAAACAAAGAAUGAUAGUUGCGAAAGUAAAGACGAGAGCAGUACUAGUAAUAGUGAGCCCGUAGCUAACGUAGGUAGUGAAAAUGAAAUUGAUAGUAUAGAUGCACGAAAGUACAAAAAUAGCGAUAAAGAAAAUAAGCAUGUGCUACACAUAAACAGAGCACCCUUCAAAGACAAAAGGGAAGUGUUUAAAAAUAAAUCUAUGAAUAUAUUCAACAUUGUAGACUGUUUAACGGAAGCCGGUUCUUUAAACUCAUCAUUAACAAAGAGUCUAUGUGAUUUGGAUUACAAAGAUGAAACUGGUUUUUUGUUACCAUCGUCAGCUGAAUGUAACUCGACUACAACGAUAUCAUCAGCUAAAAAGAGGAGUCGCAAUUCAACAGACUCUAACAUACAAGUGAGUCCAAUAGAUGCGAAUUUAUCACCGGAUAAAACGGAAGACUCCACCUGGAAGUCAAUCAAAAGACUGAAAAUUAAAGACUCUUUCAAGUUCAAGAAUAGACCGACGAUAUUCAAACGCACUAAAAAGGAUUCGGUGACGAAAGUUGCGGGCGAUAUUUCUGUGGAACCAGUUAGCCCUGAUAGUGUAAAGCCAACGGAUCCAGCAGGAGAAUUUGUAGCAUCAACAUCGUCACCUAUAAGAGAAGAUGAUAAUACAUCAAUAUGUUCAAUGAAUCUCAGUAAACAGUCCAACAUCUUUGACACUUCCUUCACAUCCAUGAAAAGCUCGAAAACGGUGAAGUCCAAACUUCGCAGAAGCGUGAAAUCUUUCACGGCAUCGUUUAGAAGCGAGCGAAAGAAGAAGUAUGAGAAACGAACUGAACGUAAUACAGUGGAAGUGGAUCCUUCCCACUUAGUUGAUUUGAAGAAUGUAUCUACACCAAAGAGGGAUUUGGAUGAUAUGCAUUUAGAUAUAUCACCAGUACAAGUCGAUACAGUCGACAGUACGGAUAUGAGAACGCCCAGAGUGCUGACUUUGGAUGAGUUAGAUGACUCUACGAUAUUUAAGACGCCGCAUAGGGUUGUUAGGGCUCAGCGGCACUCUAUAUGUGGGGAUGUUAAGGCGAAAAGUAACGUGUGCUAUGAGAGUCUCUCUUCCUUACCCUCUGAAGCGGUAACUUGCAACGUGACGCCAACUUCGACAACCAUCCGUGACGCUCGCGUAUCAUGCCUUGGAUUCUUGCCGGUUGUGGAUGAACAUAACACAGUGGUGGUUCCGGACUGUUCGCAAAGUAUUCAUAUCGUGAAGGCCGAGUGGUUCUGGGCGUCUGUUCAGAAUGAAGAGGCGCAGGAUGAAAGGGAUUAUUUGUUCAAAGAUUACCUCGACGAGAUAUCUCGCCGUUCAUCUGUAGGCAGUUCAAUACCAGUAGAAGAGAACACGGAACGCAACGUCGCGGGGACGCCCGCGCACCUGCGUAUGCGCAAGCGCAAGUUGCGCGGCGGCGAUGCGGCGUUGCAUAAAAGGAGGUCGUCCGUUGGCGAUGCUGUUUUGCUGAGUUUAUCUGGGAAUUUGUUGGAUUGUACGCCCUCGCCGGAUGGAAAGCAAUUGCUUGAAGAAUCAGAAGUCCCAGAUAAUGUUGUCCGGAAGUUAAUGUCACCGAGGCAACAAGUGUUUAUGGAAUUAUUACAGACUGAGUCGAACUAUGUUGGAAUACUACAAACAAUUGUUGCAAUGUUCAAACAACCGCUUGAAGAAAUGGCAGAGGAAGAUACGAAUAAUGGCAAAAACCAGGCAUUGCUGAACAACACGGAACUCAAGAUUAUAUUUGGGAACUUACCACCGAUAUUUGAAUUACAUCAACGCAUGUUGGAAGAGCUGAAAUGGGCGCAGGCGCACUGGAGCGAGGAAGUCAGUAUCGGGCGUCUAGUACUCCGAUACACGCCGGAUAUGGUGAAAGCCUACCCUCCUUUUGUCAACUUUUUCGAAAACACCAAGGAGAUGCUGCAACAGUGCGACCGAGAGAAUCCCAGAUUUCAUGCCUUCCUUAAAAUUUGCCAAACGAAACCCGAAUGCGGCCGACAAAGUUUACAAGAACUAUUAAUAAGACCUGUGCAGCGGUUACCGAGUAUUAGUUUAUUGCUGGAUGAUAUACUGAAACACACGCACAAAAGCAACCCAGAUCACGUGGCUUUGGUGUCGGCUUUGGCCGGACUUAGAGAGGUGAUGUCCCACAUCAACGAAGACAAGCGCAAGACUGAAGGACAGCUGCAGAUGUUUGACAUUUACAACGACAUUGAUCAGUGCCCGGCGCAUUUAGUAUCGUCUCACCGUUCUUUCGUGUCCCGAUGCGAAGUGGUGGAAUUGUCCAAAGAGCUCUCCGGGAGAGGAGAUCACCUCGUACUCUUUCUCUUCACAGACACGAUGGAAGUCUGCAAGAAGAGAUCGAAGGCCUUCAACAGUAAGAGUCCGACGAACGGUACCGGUACGAUGCGAAUAGGUUCGAGCAAGCCCUACAGGCACAUAUCGUUGAUGCCUCUCAGCACGGUUAAACGCGUCGUGGAUAUCAGAGAGGCAGAAGAUUGCCACAACGUGUUCGCACUGAUGUGUCGAAGUAAUCAAGAGCUGAAGGAGAAAUUGUACUCGUUCAUGAUAACCGACGAUGCUGUGGACAAAGGCCACUUCCUUCGGCAACUCUGCAGACAGAUGGCAAACACCGUCUGCAAAGCUGAUGCUGACAAAUUUCUGGCGUGCCUCGAGUCGCACCAACUGGACAUCGAUACAAGUGAUCUGGCGUUGAGUACGCUUUCAAAGGUGUCUAAGUUCGCAGCAAAGACUAGGAUAAAGCUGGAGGCGCUGGCAGGUCUGGGCGGGUGGCUGCGAGCGGCGCCUUCCGCUGCGCUCCUUGACACUUGGGUAUUGCGCGCUCACUUACUCCCGCAGGUGGAGAGGGCGUUGUCUUUUAACAAAACACCGUCGAAAUUAAAGAGAGCGAUGUCGUCAAUAAUCUCGCCAUUUGGUUCGACGUCCAGUUUGACGCCUGCCUCACAGCAGCUCGCUCAGAUGAGGCUCGCUAGCUGCAACAAUAUCAAUGAAAUGGGCAGCAGCGGAGGUGCUGGAGAGGCCAGCGAAGUAUUAGUAGCACCACUAUCAGUGCAACCGACGCGUAAAGCCACGGCCGGUGCCGCCGCAGCCCUACGGCGCUUCUGA